GCUGACUCCUUCGUUACGUACCUUUCAGCCAAUGAUUGAGGGGGUCUGAGUCACGUGAACAGCGGCGCAGGAGAUUUGAAUUAUUUGCUAGGUGUGUUGUGUGCGUUGAAGUUUGAAUGCGGAGCAGAAACUAUUGCAGAGAAAUUAAAGGUCUGAAUUGGGUCGGUCUGUUUUCUUCAGAGAGCCGCAAACAGUGAGAUGGACUGCGGAGCUAACAGCGAUCUGUGCCUUUUGCAAGAUGAGAAGUUUGACUUCGAUGUGUCCCUGUCACCUGUCAGCUCCAAAGGUGAAGAAGAUGAUGACGACGAGGUGUUUGAGGGUCUUGUCAGCCAUAAAGAGCAGUGUGUUUCCAUGAACGUAUCAUCUCAGCUCGAGGAAGGUGGCAGUGAUGUGCGGGCCAACUGGACCCCACUAACUGGUGAUCAGCUGGAAGCUGUGUGUAAAGAAGCCCACAGAAUCGCCAGCCAGCUGCAGUGUGGAGAGCCACACGUUGAGGACACCAAUGCUACACAUGCAACCUCUGAUGUGAACAUUAAGAAAGCGCAAGAGGAAUUCAUCCAGGACACUGAAGUUAAAUUAGGAAUGCUGGGUCACUCUGCCCGUGCUCUCAGCCCCGUUAAACGUCAGACCUUCUGUGUGCAGGACAGUCCCAUGAAGCAGCUGCCACCUGCCAUCCAGCGGCACCUGAUGGCAGGAAGCGGCUCUAGCAGAGCAUCAUCCCGCAGCGUCUCAUCUAGCCACCCUGCUACCAGACUCAGCACUUCCAGCCCAAUGGUUGGUACCAGGCCUCAGUCCAGAACAUCGCUGCGAGGAAAAGCUCCGCUAGGUGUUGCUGUAGUGCUACCGAGUAAACCAGUGGCUCCAACUGCUUCCCGUUCAACCAGCAAGAGCGGACUGGAGAAAACCAGACUUCAGCCACCAAGAAGAACUGCAGGAGGUUUGAGGUGGAGCCCAUCCUCUCGUUCUAUUACCAGGGCUCAGUCAUCAGAAGAUUUACUCUCAGAUUCGGUGAGCGUGGCCUCUGACACCAGCGACUGCUCCUUCAACUCCAGCCUACUGGGUAAACGCACACUGGCCCCGCCCUCCAAGAGUACUGGACUGAGAAAGCUCUCAGGUGUUAAAGCUUCACCUCUUCAGAGCGGGAGGGGCACAGACAUGAAGAACACCUCUUCAUCCUCAUCCUCACUGUCCAGCUUUAAUUCUAGCCUGUCCCUGUCCCCAGCUAAAGGUAAACUGAACCCAUCCGUAAACCGAAGUCUGAGCAGCUCCACUGGCCCCGCCCCCAGCAGCAUCAGCGGAGAGCCGGGUCUGAGCAGGCUGUGUCGUUCCACUAUCUGCACCUCUGCAGAGCCGGUUUCCUCCAGAACGGGUUCUCACUCACAGCCCACCCAAGCCAAAAAGCUGCUUGAAGGAGAGCGUGCCAAAGCGACCAGAUCCACGCCCAUGAAGAGAGCAGAGCCCACAUCCAUCCAACCCACUCCCCCAAAGAGAAAGGUAGAGAGAACCGUGUCUCUCAACGUAACCAGCUCAGGUCGGCUGCAGAGCGGUGUGAAGGCCAAAGCUAAACCCGCGGCCCUGGUUCAUCCUACCCCCUACACGGCUGACAAAGGAGUCCAUCAUGCAGAUGGAUUAUCCAAGGCAACAAAGCCAAAAAGGCUCUCAGUCAGCAGCACAGACAGUCGUCCUCAGAAGCUGUCUGCUGGGUCUCUCACGCCUUCUGCUGGUGGCUGUAAGCCUCUGCAGGCAUCUGCACGUCGCCCUUCCGGCCUACCCACCCCGGUUAAGCGCAGGACGUCUACCUUCCAGGCCCCCUCAGAUCAGACCAGGACAUUCAGGCUACCAUCUAGAACAGAUACCAGCAUCACUCGCUGUACAAAUUCAGCAGAGAAACCACAGAGGUGUAGCCCUGUUCCACAAGGCAAACAGGAGGAAGAGCCUGUUCACUUCUCCGACAUUAAGCCCUUCCGUCUGGAGGAGGAGGAGGAGUCCCCUGCCACCCUGCCUUUAAACAGUCCAGAGACGAAGCAAACACACAAUAGUGAUCCUGGCAUGUUGACAGUGAGCGAAACAGUUCCCAACAGCAAUCCGAUCGAACUGGAGAUGACAGAGGAGAGCGCAGUCAAGACCCAGGAGGUUCUCCUGCUGGAUCUCCCUCCUCCAGCUCUCCAGCCCCCAGAGAAACUCCUCAUUGAUCUGGCCAACACCCCCAACCUGAUUCGCACCAACAGCAAGAGCUCCACCACAACUCAGCUAAUUGACCUGAGCUCACCUCUUAUCAAGUGGAGUCCAGAGGAUAAAAAAGAGAACAAUGCUCCGCUCAUCAACUUGUCCUUCUGAUCCUCCCAAAGCUUCAAACAUCUGCAGUUAAUAAUUAGAAUCAGCAGGCGUCUGUUUUCAGAAACCCAGGACACAGUCAAAUUAUGGAAUUAUCAAUGAAGUCUUUACUAAAUCAGAAGAUUGUUUGAAAUGAUAAAAAUAUUUGCGAGACUGAUUAAGUUUUCAACUGAUUGUACUUUUAUUUGUCUCAUUGCUGCUUUUAUUGUCUGAAUAAAUGUUAAAUUCACUACUGUAAA